AUGUCUCAAAAUAACUUUAAUAAUAAUUUAGAAAACCCAUAUGAUUUUCAAAAUAAUGAAAAAUCCAAGGAAUAUUUUGAUAUAAAUAAUAUAAAAAAUCGUAAAAUUAACAAUAGUAAUAAAAAUAUAAGUGAUAUAAAUGAGUUAAGAAGUUUACAUAAUAUGCAUCCUUUAAAUAAUUUAAAUGAUAAUAUAAAUCAUUUAAGUAAUUUCAAUAAUUUAAAAAAUAGAAAUAAUACAAAUCAUUUAAAUAAUGCAAACAAUUUAAAUAAUAUAAGUAAUGUAGAUAACUUAAAUAAUAUAAAUAAUAUAAAUGGUAUAAAUACUAUAAGUGAAAUAAAUAAUUUAAGUUAUUUAAAUAAUAUAAACGAUUUAAAUAAUUUAAACAGUAUAACUAACUUGAAUAACGUCAAUAAUAUAAAUGAUUUAAAUAACGUAGAUAGUUUAAAUAAUUUAGGUAAUUUAAAUAAUAUAAAUAACUUAAAUGGUAUAAACAAUUUAAGUAAUAUUAGUAAUUUUCAAAAUUCGUUAAAUAACAUGAAUGUUUUAAAAAGAAUGGAAAAUGUAAAUAAUGCAAAUAUAAAUAAAAAAUUAAGUAAUAUAAAUAAAAUGAAUGAAAAUAUAAACAAAACUAAUACUUUUAAUGCAGUAGAUAACUUACACAAUUUUAAUAAUAUUAUCCAAUCAAAUGGUAUGCAUAAUAUAGGUUGUAUUCCUAACUCAUAUGUAAAUAAUUUAAAAAAUUUUAAUGAUUUUAAUAAAAUGAUAAUAAAUGAAAGUAUGAUCAAUAACAAUGAUAACAAUAGUAUAAAUAGAAAUAAAAAUUGUAUAAAUCCUAGCUCAUUUAGUUUAGAGAAUACAGAUAACAAUAUCGCAAAUAAUCUUACUUCUUUUAAGCAUAUAAGAAACGCAAACAAUUAUUGUAAUUUAAAUAAUAUGAGUGAUUUUAAUAAUAUAAAUGAUUUUAAUAGUAUUGUGAAUAUAAAUAACAUAAGCAGUUUAAAUAACAUGAAUAAUAUCAAUAUGAACACAAUAAAUAAUAUAAGUGAUAUAAAUAAAAUCAUAAAUUUAAAUUCCUUAAAAAAAAUAAAUGAUAUACAAGUUAUGAAUAAUAUUAAUAAUAAAAAAAAUAUUAUGCUUCCUAAUAAUUUUAAUUCUUUAAAUUCUAAUAAUAAAUAUAUGAAUUAUUAUGUAAAUGAUUAUUUAUCUAAUAAUAAAUUUAUUAAUCAAAAUUAUAAUUUUUGCAAUGUUUUAGAUAAUAAAAACCCGAAUAAUAAUUAUAUAAAUAAAAACAUAAAUAAUAAUUAUAUGAACAAUAAUAGAAAUAAUGUACCAAAUAUAAUGAUGGAUAAUAUGAAUUAUAAUUCAAAUAAUUAUAUAAAUUAUGAGAAUAAAAAUGCAAUUCAAGAUAACAAUUCUUUAUUAAAAGAAUUAGAUUAUAAUAAUAGAUAUAAUUCAUAUAACUAUAUGGAGAAUAAAAGUAAUGAUUAUAAAAAAAAUUUAUUAGAAGAUAUGCAUAGAAAUAUUGUAAAUAAUCAUAUUGAAGAAUCUUCAUUUAAUCAUAAUAGGUUUAAUGAUAAAAAUUAUUUAGAUUCAAAUGUAAAUUCAAGAGAGUUCAAUUCUAUUUAUAGUAAAAAUAGAAAAGAUUUCAAAACUAAUAUAAAUAUGAUUAUAAAUAAUCCUUAUGUAAGUGGUGAUAUUUUAGAAUAUAACAAUAACUUAAAUAAUGGAAAAGUAAUAAAUGGACAAGAAGCUAAUAGUAAUAUAAUUAACGGUGAAAUAAGGAAUACACCUAUUAAAAAUGAAGAAAUAAAUAAUAAUAAAUAUUAUGCAAAUAAUAAUUAUAUGAGUAAAGUUAGUGAAAAUAAUUAUGAUAGCAUGAAUAAUAUGUAUAAUGGAUAUAUGAAUAUAACGGAUAAAAUGAACGGGAAUAUUAGCAAUGAUAAUUUAAAUGUAGAUUGUAAAAAAAAAGAUAAUACUUAUAUAAAUAAUGUAAUGAUAAAUAAAAAAACAAAAACAAAUUAUUUAAAAAAUGCAAAUAUUAAUCAUGUUAAUUUAGUUAAUAAUGAUAAUAACUCUUAUUUUUUUGAUUCUAAUAUAAAUUCAUUUACUUCGAAUAAUACUAAUGAAAGAAAAUCGAUUAAUUCUAAUGAAUUAAUUAAUUUAAAUUUAUACAAUUAUGCAAAAAAUAAUGAAAAUCUUAAAUCUAAUUAUGAUAAUAAUGCAUUAAAAAAUAAAUGUGAUAAUUCUAAUAACAUUAUAUUGAACAAAGAUAUAAUUGAAAUGAUUUUACGAAAUAAUAAAUACUCCUUAGAUAAAAAUAUUAGUGAAAAUAUAAACAAAUCAUAUACUAAUUUUUUAAUGAACGUUAGUUCUUCAUAUUUAAAAAAGAAAUCAUCUGUAGAUAAAAAAAAUGUUCAUAAUAUGCAUACUAAUAAAAAUGAAAAUAAAUUUAAUAAUAAGCAAGAUUUAAUCAAUUUCAAUAAUAAAAAUGAAAUAAAUCUAAAUGGACAGAAUGAAAUAUAUGUUAAUAAUCCAAAUGAAAUAAUUAUAAACAAUAAAAAUGAAGUAUAUAUAAAUAGUAAUAAUGAAUUAAAUAUAAAUAACAAAAAUGAAAUAAAUGUAAAUCAAACAAAUAAAAUAAAAAUAGAGAAUGCAAAUAAUUAUGAAAAAUUGUAUAAUGAAAAUCAAGAGAAAAUAUAUAUAAAGAAUGAAAAUCCAGGAAGAAAGAAAAAAAAAUUAAACGACACAUAUGAAUGCAAAACAUCUAUUAAGGAGAUAAGAAAUGAUUUUAAAGAGGUUAAAAGAAAAGGAAGAAAAAGAAAAAAUAAUUUAGAAUCAUUUAACGACUUAAGUAAUAAAAAUCAAUCACAAAAAUAUUUGAAUAUGCCAGUAGAAGAAUUAAAUAAAAUCAAACCAGAAUUAGAAGAUAUAGGAAAUGAAACGAUGGAGAAUAAUAAGGAAGUUAAAAAAGAAAUAUAUUAUGAUAAUUCAGAUUCGAAAUGUAUUAAAAACAUAUUGAGUUUUUUAAAAAUUAAAUUGAAUAAUUUUAAUACGAAAAAUUCUGUUAAUUGCCAUGCAGAAAUAAAUGUUUUAAUUAACAAAUUUUUUUAUGUAUUAAAAAUAAUUAAUAAUCACAAAGAAAUACUAAAAAAUAUUUAUAAUUUUAAUUUUACUACUAUAAGUGAAGAUGCAGUGAGAAAUUAUUUAGAGAAAUAUUUUCCUUUUGUAAAAUAUUAUAGAAAUGACUAUGAUACAUCUUAUAAAUAUGAAACCUAUAGAAUGGAUGAUGAUUAUAAAAAAAAUAAUAAUAGUUAUUUGGAUAAUGAUAUAAAUUCAUCUUCAAAAGAAGAAUUAAGAAAGGAUAAUAAUGAAAAUAUUGCAUAUAUUUCAAUUAUUAAAAAUACUGAAUAUAAAAUUAAUGAUAAAUAUAAUGUCAGUAAAGAUGAAGAUACAAAAAAUAACAGUGAUUUUAAUAAAUUGAAAAGUAGUGUUUUUAAUGAUAAUAAUGAGAAUCACAAUUUAUCAAACCACAUAAAUAUAGAGAAUAAAAAUCAUAGUAUGAACUACUCAGAUAAAGGAAAAGAAAGAGAGACAACUAAAUUUAAUAAAAAUUUAAUUAAUAAUAACUUAAAAGAAACUGAAAUAGAAAAUAAUAAUACGAACUUUUUAAUAAAUAAUAAUAAUAAUGAUAAUAAAGAUUUAAACAUAAAUACUGUAAAAGAAAAUGAAACUGAUUUUACACAAGAAGUAAAAGAGGAGUUAAAAGAAAAAAACAUUAAUGAAGAAAACGAAGAGGAUAUAAAAAGUAUGGGAGAUAUUGAUUUAAAUAAAAAAAAAGAAGUAAAUGCAGAAAAUGUAAAUGUAAAAAAAAUUAAAAAAAAAAGUUUAAAAAAUAGUGAAGAAAACAAAAAAAAUAGGAAAAAAAAGAAAAAAAAGAAAAAAGAAGAAAAUACAAUUAAUAAUUUAAUAGUGCAUGAGUGGAUGACAACUGAAGAUGAAGACAAAAAAGAAAGUGAAACGAAAAAAAGUGAUGAAGAAAUAAAAACAGAUGAUGAAGAAAUUAAACAAAAUGAAAUUAAAAAAGAUGAUUUAAAUAAAAAUCCUGCUGAAAAUUUCAAUAUCUUUGCAAGUAUGGAAAAUGUAUUUAAUGAAAACAAAAUAGAAAACAAAAACUCAUGUGAAGAAUAUACUGAUGAAAAAAAUAAAAAUGAGUUAACUUAUUUAACAAAAAUCAGUGAUAUUGAAGAUACAUCUGAAUCAAGUGAAGAUAUCACUGGUGAUGAAAAAAAAGUAAAUUGUGAUUUUAAAAAAAAGGAAAAUGAAAACACUUAUAACAACAUCCAAGGUAAUUACAAUAGUAAUAAAAAGUAUGAACAAUUUCAUACCAAAAUUAAUAAUAAAAAUGUGUUUAUAAAUAAAGGAAAUAUAAAAAAUAGUGAGAAUACAUUUAUAUGUUAUAAAAAAAAUAUAUACAAUAAUAAAACUAAUAUCCAUUUUAAUUCAUAUUAUUUUUUUAAUCAUAAAAACAAUUUAAAAAUGAAAAAAAAAAGUUUUAAAAAAAAUAACCAUUAUUUCAAUUUUCAGAAUAAAAAUCAAGAAAUUUCCUCAUAUAUGAAAAAUGAGAAAAAAAUAAUGAAUAAUUAUUUUAAUUCCAGUAAAUAUAAAGAUUUUAAAAAAAAUGCAAACAAUAAUUAUAAUACUCAUAAUAGCAUUAAUAAUAAUAAUAAUGAUAGUCAUAAUAAUAAUAAUAAUAAUGAUAAUAAUAAUAAUAAGAUUAAUAGUAAUAAGGGAAGCAAAGAACAAAUGAUAAAAGAAGACAAUUUAUAUCAGACUUCAAAGGAUAUUCAUUUAAUUAAUAAAAACAUUUCAUAUGAUAGCUUAUCAAAUGUGUCAUCAUUAUCAGAUUUAAGUGAUAUAGAAGAUUCGAAAAAAGACGAAAAAACUUGUUUACAAAAAAAACAUUUAAGUUAUACUGAAAGCAAAAGUUAG